UACUUCACCGCUUCAAACAAAAUUCUCUUCCUCAUUUGCCUUCUCUCUGCAAAUUCGAAUAUAUCCCUUCAAAAUCUUACUCUUGCUUCCCUUUUAAGAUUUACCCUUUUCUUCUGUUCUACCUCAUAUCUGUACUGUACUUCCUUUGUAUAAUGGUUAUUGGUAUUUUCAUGCUUAAAACUCGGGAGUGUUGCCAGUUCGAUUCAAUGUUUAGAUUGCAGGAAUGAGAACCAAGUCUUGGAUUUGGAGCUAAGAUUUCAAUGGCGAUCAAAGGUGUUGAUUUCAAGUGGUAUGAUGGGUUCUUCUUGUCUAUGCUUGCCACAAGUAUAAUUAUUGUGGCAAUUAAUUGGAAGAGAUACCAUUUAUGUGCAUAUCCACUGCACAUAUGGAUUGUGGUUGACUAUACUACCGUGUUUGUUUUCCGGCUCUUGAUGUUUGUGGAUAAUGGGCUGGCUUCUGGAAUGGGAUUGGAUCUUGGUUGGCAGCAGAGAUAUGCACGUUUUUGUGGAAGGAUCGUUGUCCUAUCCAUUCUUGCUUUGCUACUUUACCCUUUCCUUUGGGCUUGGACUGUCAUAGGUACGCUGUGGUUCACUAGUGCGAGAAAUUGUUUGCCUGAAGAGGGCCAGAAGUGGGGUUUCCUUAUUUGGCUGCUUUUCAGCUAUUGCGGACUUGUGUGCAUUGCUGGUAUCUGUAUCAGAAAGUGGUUAAUAAGACGGCAGGCACACCAAUUGCGAGCACAACAAGGGAUCCCUGUUUCAGAAUAUGGAGUUUUCGUAGAUUUGGUUAGAGUACCAGAUUGGGCUUUCGAAGCUGCAGGGCAAGAAAUGAGAGGGAUGGGCCUAGAUGCCGCUCAAUACCAACCAGGGCUUUACUUGACCCCAGCUCAGAGGGAAGCAGUUGAGGCUCUAAUUCAAGAACUUCCAAAGUUCAGGCUGAAGGCAGUUCCUACUGAUUGCAGUGAGUGUCCUAUAUGUUUGGAGGAGUUUUACGUUGGAAAUGAGGUCCGCGGUCUUCCUUGUGCCCACAAUUUCCAUGUGGAAUGCAUCGACGAAUGGCUUCGGUUAAACGUCAAAUGUCCUAGAUGCCGAUGCUCUGUCUUUCCAAACCUUGAUCUAAGCGCGUUAUCUACUAUCCGUGCAGAUUCCGAGCGGUCUACCAAUGUUGUUACAACAACAGGUCGUUAUAUCAGAAACCAGCCUCCCAGUCAGAGCUAACUGUUGAGAUUGCAGGGCUUGCUCUGGCCGGUUCACACGUUGAGUGCUGGGUCCAGCAGCGAAAUGGGUAGUGCAGAAACGGCUGCAAGUAGAGGGCCGAUGGCAAAUGAUAUGGAGACUGUUCAAGUGGUGGUCCAAGAGUCUUUGCCACCGCAAACCUGAGCUAUUUUUUGUGGUCUCUGACUCUAAACAACCUGGGAUCCGAGAAGGUAAUUUGAAUCUUGUUUUCUCAGGGCCGAAGGCAUAGCAUUUUUUUUUUGUGUUGGAACUGUGAAGAAAUGUGUUUAGCUUGAUUGAUCCAAAGUAGUAGCCAUGAAAUAUGGGGAGGUGCUGACCAAUGUUGUGUUCAGAUGCAGGGCUGUAUAAAGUCGUUGUAGAAUUGUACAUUGUUGUGUCUUGUUACUUGUAGUUUUAGCCUUGAUUCUUGAACUUCCUCCACCUGGAUUACCAAACAGGCCAUUUCAGAAUUAUUAUUGAAGGAAAGAAAAUGAAAAGGAAAAAUAAGGGAAAUCUUCCAUGACAAUACAAAGAAUUGUGUUUAUUUUUA